AUGUCUAGAGAAAUAGCCCAAGAGAAGGAGAUCCGUGGGGCAGAAAUGGGCCGUUCCUCCAAACAAGAGAUGAUAGCAGUUACUGCAGUUGCUUUACAGGAUCAUAUUAUACAUGAACUUCAGCUCCAGAAUCUUUCAUUAGUGGAUCCUUUUAAGUCAAAGUCAAGGAAUAUAAAGAACAUUUCCAAACCUGUGAACAAAGAGAUGGUCAGAGCAAUAGUAGACACUGGACUGAGAAAAAAGAGCACUCACCAUAAAAAAGAGGAAGAUUCAGAAAAGGAGUAUGUUCUUGAUCCCAAUCCUCCACAGCUAACAUUAGCUCAGAAAUUAGGCUUGGUUGAGCCUCCUCCCUUGCCACUCACUGCUGAAGAAUGGGCAAAAAUAAAGCAGAGAUCCAUAAAGCAGGGAGAUUCUGUGCAGCCUUGUGCAAUCUGCAGGGAAGAAUUUGCACUCCAGCCUCAGGUAUUGCUUUCAUGUUCCCAUGUAUUUCAUAAAGCAUGCCUAAAAGCCUUUGAAAAAUUUACAGGUAAAAAGUCUUGUCCUAUGUGCAGGAAAAACCAGUAUCAGACCCGAGUAAUACAUGACGGGGCACGCUUGUUUAAAGUAAAGUGCGCUAUCAGAAUUCAAGCUUCAUGGAGGGGAUACGUUGUCAGAAAGUGGUAUAAAAACUUGAGAAAAACAGUGCCUCCUAAAGAUAGCAAAUUAAGAAAACAGUUCUUUGAAGAAAAGGUUCAACAUAUCAGCACUCGGCUGCUCAGUUCCUAUGAUACCAACCUAGAUGAGUUUUUUUCUGAAAUCGAUUCUUCUAUCGCUGCAAGUCGAGAUGCCUUCCAGCAGGUGGAAGGAAAGGAAAUGUUAUUAAGCAAACUCGACUGGGAGAAGAUACAGAUGCAGGCAUUUCGGCAGGAGAUCUUUGACUGUCCUAUCUGCAUUAUGCCGCUCAGCCCCGCUCUCCAUCCUCCCUGUGCCUUUCCUGGUAAGGGCAGCCAGUUCCCGCGGCAGACGGUGCUGCUGUCUUGUUCACAUUUGUUUCAUCGCACCUGUCUUCAAGCAUUUGAAGAGUUCUCCUUGGGAGAAAGACACAUGUGCCCUUUAUGUCGUUCAUAUUAUCAGAAGAAGGUUCUUGAAUGUUGA